GCCCCACACACACACACACACACACCCCAAAGAAUCAUCCCACUCCACCCAUCACUGAAAUAAACACCACAUUAGUCCGAGCAUCCAAAGAUCGAACCGACUCGUACCUAACCGGCAAUGGAGAAGACGGCGGCGGAGAACGCUGGCAAUGUCGCUGCGGCGAAGCCACUGAAGCUGUUCGGCUCGUGGGCGAGCUCGUACACGCACCGCGUGCAGCUAGCGAUGCGGCUCAAGGGUCUCUCGUUCGAGUACGCGGAGGAGGACCUGGGCAACAAGAGCGAGGCUCUGCUCCGCGCGAACCCGGUGCACAAGAAGGUCCCCGUGCUCGUCCUCCACGACGGCCGCGCCCUGGCCGAGUCCGCCAUCAUCCUGCACUACCUCGACGACGCCUUCCCGGACACGCGCCCGCUCCUCCCGGCGGACCCCUUCGACCGCGCCGUGGCACGCUUCUGGUGCCACUUCGGGGACGACAAGCUGGGCCCGGCCGUGGGCGCCGUGUUCGCGACCACGGGGGAGGAGCAGGCGGCCGCCGUGCGCCAGGUGCACGAGAACCUGGCGCUGCUGGAGGCGGAGCUGAGGGAAGGCGCGUUUAAGGGGCGGCGGUUCUUUGGAGGACAGGAGGUGGGGUUCCUGGACGUGGUCCUUGGGUGUGGGUCUUAUUGGCUGGCGGUGUUUGAGGAGGUGACCGGAGUUCAGCUUGUCGACGCCGAGGCGUUCCCGCUGUUCCACGCCUGGCUGCGCGAUUUUGAGGCCCAGGAGGAAGUCCGGGAGACUAUUCCCUCCAUAGAUCGCCUUCUCGCCUACGCCCGUGGCCUCCGCCAGAUGCUGCUCGCGCUCGCCGCUGGCGCUGGGGGUGCUGGAGACUCCUCUGCCCCCGUGGCUGCCGCUCCGCCGGCCGCCGCGCCCCCGGUGGCCGCGGCUGACAUCGCCGUGGACAUAUGACGCCGCGGGGUGGUACCGUCUAUGUCCGUCAGUUCAUCAGCAGUACGUGUGUGUCGGACCUACGUAUGUAUACGUUGCAGUAGCUAGCUAGUAUAGUUCUGUACUACUUCUAUUUAUUCGCGUAUCGUAUCGCAUCGUUCUGUGCCGUGGCAGCCGGUGGGCGAGGCGCGCCCUAAAUUGCCGCUAGCUACAGCUGCUAACUGCCGCAGUUAGUGCCUUAGUGGCGCAGUCUGGCUAGGUAGGUGUCCUGUUUUCUCUCUCGUGUUAGUUUUCUUCUCUGUUUUUCUAUGCGUCUGUGUUUGUAGCCGGGAAUCUUAUGUGUUUGAUGUCCCUCUCUAUCUAUAUAUGCUUGUUUAGAUGUCUUGCACGUGCAA